AUGUCACGCCAGCAUUUUUCUUCAAGGCACAUUGACUGCGGUCGAGUGGAGGUGGCUGUGGUGUGGGUACAGUGUGCAGAAUCACCCAGUCCCACCAAUUCUGACUGGAGGCACCAGGUAAUUAAUGAAAGUCAAAAGCAGCAACUGGAAUCUGUGAGCUACUCCUCCCGCUACGCUCUGGGACUUUUUUAUGAAGCCGGUACACGGAUUGAUGUCCCCUGGGCUGCACAGUACAUCACCGAUAAUCCCUGCAUACGCUUCAUCUCCAUUGAUAAUAAGAAACGCAAUAUAGAGUCUCCUGAAAUUGCGCCCUCAGUUGUAGUUCACACAACUGUGACAUUUGGAAGUGAAUACCUGGAUUCAGACCCUACACAGGUGCAGCAGUUAAUUCUCAGUCACCUGGAGAGAAUUUUGCCAUCCCUACCUAAACCAUCCAGCAUCAAGUGUCAGAAAUGGAGAUACUCUCAGGUUACAAAAGCUGUGCCCAAUUCUCUGGGACAAAUGAUUCUUCAUACUCAACCUCUCCUGGUUUGUGGGGGCGAUGGAUUUACUCGUUCCAACUUUGAUGGCUGCAUAGAUUCUGCUAUUAGUCUUGCAGAGACUGUGAAGUCUCAUUUAUAGCAACUACAAAGUCAGCUGCUAAACUUAGUCUAGAUUUAUGAUGAAUUUUACUAUGUUGGAUUGAAUUCUAGUUUAGUGUUAACAUCACUGGCCUCUACCUUGCAAAAAUAAAUAAAGGAAGAUCUAUUGGUGUGCUUUAAUAA